UUACUAACAAUGCCUUCCUCUACGUCUAGUGAUGCCAACUAUGACACUGCCAACCCUGCCUACAUUCGCAAGUAUCUCCGCACCUACGGCUUGACGCCCCCGCGUGCGGAGUCGUACGAGACCCAGAAGACUCGCUGCCUGGCUCAAUUGGCUCUCAAGCAGACCCCCAUCGACAAGUUCCUCUACCUCAGCACUCUCCGUAAGAACAAUGUUCACCUGUUCUACCGUCUGGUCACGGACCACUUGAGGGAAAUGACUCCCCUCAUCUACACUCCCGUCGUUGGAGAAGCCUGUCAGAGAUGGUCUGAGAUCUACCAGCAGCCCGAAGGUAUGUACCUGAGCUGGGAGGAUCGCGGCAACCUGGCCGCUGUCAUAGCCAACUGGCCCCAGCCCAACGUGGAAAUCACAUGUAUCACCGAUGGUUCCCGGAUUCUCGGUCUGGGUGACCUUGGCAUCAACGGCAUGGGUAUUCCCAUUGGUAAGCUGGCUCUGUACACUGCCUGCGCGGGUAUUCGCCCCGAGGCCACCCUGCCCUUGACUCUCGAUCUGGGCACCAGCAACAAGGCUUUCCGGGAAGACCCGUUGUACAUGGGCAGCCGCCGCGACAAGGUGACUCCCGAGGAGGAGCGUGAAUUCUUGGAUGAGCUGAUGGCUGCUCUGACCGAGCGCUGGCCUGGUAUUGUGAUCCAGUUCGAGGACUUCAAGAACCCCUUCCCUGCUCUGGAGCGUUACCGUGACAACUACACCUGCUUCAACGAUGACAUCCAGGGUACGGGCGCUGUCAUCCUCGGUGGUGUCAUCAACGCUGUCAAGCGCUCUGGCCUUCCUUGCAAGGACCAGCGCGCCGUCUUCUUCGGUGCUGGCAGCGCCGGUGUCGGUGUUGCUAAGCAGAUUGUUGACUUCUUCGUCCGCGAGGGUAUGACCGAGGAUGAGGCCCGCGCGUGCUUCUACCUGGUCGACACUAAGGGUCUUGUCACUGCUGAUCGUGGUGACAAGCUCGCUGAUCACAAGGUCUACUUUGCCCGUACGGACAACAACGGCCUGCAGCUGAAGACCCUGGAAGAUGUUGUUGACCAUGUGAAGCCCACCAUCCUGAUGGGUCUUUCUACCAUCGGUGGUGUCUUCACCCCCGAGCUCUUGCGCAAGAUGGCUGAGUGGAACACUGCCCCCAUUGUCUUCCCUCUGUCCAACCCCUCUCACAAGUCCGAAUGUGACUACGAGAGCGCUGUCACCAACACUGAUGGCCGCGUGCUGUUUGCCUCUGGUUCUCCCUUCCCCCCCAUGUCCUACACCAACUCUGCUGGCGAGACCCGCACCUACUACCCCGGCCAGGGCAACAACAUGUAUGUCUUCCCUGGUAUUGGUCUGGGUACCAUUCUCUCCAAGUCGGUCAAGGUCACCGACAGCAUGAUCUACGCCUCGGGUGAGGCCCUCUCCAAGGCUCUCCUUCCCGAGGAGAUUGAGCGUGGCCUUCUCUACCCCGACUUGACCCGCAUCCGUGAGGUCUCUGUCGUUGUGGCCCGCAACGUCAUCCGGGCGGCACAGGAGGCCAAGGUCGACCGCGAAACCGCCCUGCGCAGCAUGAGCGACGAGAACCUGGAUGCCUGGAUCAAGGCCCGCAUGUACAACCCUCACACCGAGGUCUUGGCCUUGGAGCGGGAGGUUGGCUCUAUCCUGGCUAGCCUGGGACCCAGCGCCUUCUCCCUGGAGGCUCUGACCGAGGAGGCCGAGAAGAACUCUAAGCUGUGAGCUUAGUUUCUUUGCUUAGCUUUCCGGCAUCUCAUUCUUAAAAUACUGGCUUUGUUCUGUUUUCGAGCGCUUUUUGUUUCCCGGAUCCUGCUUGGAAGGAUGCGCUUUUGUAUACCCCCAUUCUUUCACGGAUUCUGACCCCUCUUAAUGACGAUUCUGUUGUCGGAUACCACCGAUGUCGGACUAGUUUUGGUUAGCAUAGAUGCUGGUCUUGUGAUGGAUAAAACGGAUGAUUCAAUGAUCAGAUCUUUUUUCGG